AUGGUGAAAGACGUUUUCGACAUCUCGUCCGAUGAGGAUGUUGCCCUUGAGCACCUCGGCUACCAACAAGAGUUCAAGCGCUCAUUUGGUUUAUUUGAUAUGGUGGGCUUUAGUUUCAGCAUUGUGACUUGUUGGACUGCGUUGAGUGGCGUUUUCAUCAUUGGCGUUGAGGCAGGUGGGCCACCAGUGAUGAUAUUUGGCUGGAUAGGAGUCUGCGUCAUCACAAUAUUUAUUGCCCUGGCCAUGGCUGAGAUGUGUGCAAGAUGGCCAGUUAGUGGAGGGCAAUACUCAUGGGUGGCUAUGCUAGCACCGCCCAAAGUAUCUCGACAAUUGUCAUACAUCACCGGGUGGUUCAUGCUGGUUGGUAUUUUGGCCAUGGGCGCAGUAAAUAAUUCUGUGGCGUCCAACUUCAUUUUAGGCAUGGCCAACCUCGUCUUCCCAGAGUAUACUAUCGAGAGAUGGCAUACUGUUCUUGUUGCAUGGGCCGUGGCAUUAUUGGCCCUCGCUAUCAAUAUUUUCGCUCCCCAUGCAUUACAUCGCUUGUCGAGGAUGAUUUUGGUGUGGAAUAUUGCAUCAUUCAUUAUCAUCAUCAUCACGCUUCUCGCGACUAAUGACCAUAAGCAGAGUGCAAAUUUUGUCUUUGGUGAGUUUCGCAACACGACUGGCUUGGGCGCGGCCAUGGCGACGAUCGUUGGCAUCCUCCAAAGCUUUUUUGGUAUGUGCUGCUAUGACGCCCCCAGUCAUAUGACGGAAGAAAUGACCCAUGCGAGUCGAGAUGCCCCAAAGGCCAUCAUUUUGGCCGUCCUCAUGGGUGCCGUAACUGGUUUCUUCUUCAUUCUUACCUUAUGCUUCUGCAUGGGUGACAUUGCUAGCACGGCAAACUCCACGACGGGAGUACCAGUGAUUCAAAUCUUUUAUGAUUCGACUCAAAGCAAAGCCGGAACCUGCAUCUUGGCUAGUAUGAUGACUGUGAUCAUUGUCGUCGCAUCCGUGAGUCUCGUGGCGGAAGGGUCCCGAUCUGUGUAUGCAUUCGCGCGCGACCACGGACUACCGUUCUCGAAAUUCUGGUCCAAAGUCGAACCGAAGCAGAAGAUACCUGUAAGUGCCAUUUGUCUGACUCUGAUCGUUCAACUGGCUCUGAACGCAAUCUACUUUGGCACCGUCACGGGGUUUGAAACUGUGAUAUCAAUUGCCACCACGGGUUUCUACGUGUCCUAUGGUCUUGUCCUGCUAGCAAGACUCCUUGGUUAUAUUUUUGGUCACUAUACAUCCACCUUCACCGGGCCAUACUCACUUCCCACGUCCGUCUCUAUCGGAGUCAAUACGAUCGGACUAAUUUUCCUCUCAUUAGGGUCAAUUACCUUCAAUUUCCCCAGUGAGGCUCCAGUCACCUCAAGUUCAAUGAACUAUACCUGUGCAGCAAUUGGACUCGUAACACUGGUGAGCUUUAUAACCUGGUUUACCACAGCAGCCAAACACUUUUCUGGACCUUCUGAUGUGAGGGACUUGGCGAUCUCACCUACAGGGGUAGAAGCUGCUUCAGAAGGGCAAUUGGCCGAAGAAAUAGAUUUCAAGCCAAGCCAGUAG